AUGAACCCCUCAAUUAAGAUCCUUUCGAAGACGGACCUCAAACUAGAACUAGAGAUCAGUGGUGUCGACAUCUCAUACGUCAACGGGCUUCGUAGAGCCAUAUAUGCCGAUGUGCCCACCCUUGCUAUCGAUAUUGUUAAGUUUUUAGACAACAGUACAACCCUCACGGAAGAAUUCAUAGCGCACCGCUUGGGGCUCAUUCCGUUGAGAACGGCAGGUUCUCUCAGUGCAAUUUCCUAUUGGUACACUUGCGACGAGGAGCACUCAACAGAGAUCGAAUGCCGCGAGUGCACAUUCAAAGGAACUCUGAACAUUUCUAAUGACAGUACUAAAAUACGGGUAGUCACGGAUAAGGAUAUAAAGUUCGAUCACGGGGGUAUCAGUACUCUCAGCAACUAUCUAGAGUCGUCUUUUGGAGCAGCAGAGACGCCGAGCAUCCCCAUUCUGAAGCUAGCACCUGGCGAAUCCAUCAAUGCCCUUCUCUAUGCACGCAAGGAUAGGGGGAAGAUUCAUGCCAAAUGGUGCCCUGCAGCCUGUGUGGUCCUCCGACCUCUGGCCAGGAUCAUUCUGUGCGAUGAAUUUGAAAGGCUCCCACAGCAACACAACGACGUUGCAAGAACAUACAUUAGUGAGACGUGCCCCAGGAAUGUCUUUACUAUUGAAAACCGUCGAGUGGUUGUCAAGGAUUCCAAUAGCUGCAUCUUUUGUAAUGAUUGCUUCAAUAUUCCGAUUUCCCUGGGCGAACAGGGCGAUAAUGCCAAUACAAUCUGGCAUCCAGCGUUGGUUACUCAGCAGCCAAACGCAUUCUACUUUAGUAUAGAAUCUAAUGGCAGUAUAUCAGCCUAUGAUAUCUUCCUGAUGGCGUGUGAUGAAAUCAGUGCACGUGCAGAUGAGAUCCUUGCUGCGGCGACGAGUGUCUUCCAGGUUUCUGCAAAGGCCGACAACGUGAUUAUGUCCAUUGAAGAUGACUCAUUAACAUAA